AAAAAAAAGCCCUACUCUAAGCACCACAAGUCCCCAAGAGUUCUCCAUAGCACAGAGCGCAGAGCCGCGCGCCUCAAAAGUUGAAGCUCUUCAGGCGCCGGUUUGCGGAAACCAUGCUCGCGCGCUCCGUCCGCGUUUCCCUGGCAACUGGAUCGGCGGAUGGAGUCGACGAGGACGAGCCAAAGGUGCGACGUCCCCAAGGUGCUCGGUCGUCUCCGGCACAGGCACAGACCUUAGGCUCGGGUGUUCAUCCAAACCGGCCGUCCAAAGGAUCUCCAAAAGCUUCUCCCUGACGCCACAGAUGUUUCUGCAUCUGUCGGCAACUUAUGAGUUGGCUCUCGACACUGAGAGAAAGUCGGUCCAAAAAAAAAAAAAAAACAUGCGAAAGCUGUUGAGAGCAUCAUUCAGUCCAAAACGUAGGAGAACCUCUUAUCAGCUCUCAGCUGACCAAGCACAUGAGCGCUAUGGACACGCUGGAGUGGAGCAGCAGAAUAAAAGAGCGAUCCGCGUGGACGCGCAUGCCGCCACGAAUCGGAGAUCGAAAGAUGUUCAGUCGUGCAUGGUCGUGGACGUGUACUUUCUUCCUGCUCCCGUCUAAUCCCGGGCACGCGACCAAAAGUGUCACUUCGUGUACAGUUAUUCCAUCAUUUGUUUACGAGCAGAAGGAAAACUAGUCUGUUUUCUGUUGUUGUUGCUGUUCGAUUUGUGCACGAGUCGCCCUUUGGGUUCCUCUAAUCGCCCGUGCACGUGCCAACUUCUCCCUUCUUUUGCACAGUAAAAAAAAAAAAAAAAAAAACUACUGGAGUCUGAAUGCACGGGAUCGCUCCAGCAUCUUCUCGCCUCGCGUCCAAACGUAUGUGCGUAACUGCGCGAUCCGGAGUGCCUCGCUUUCACUCGCGUCUCCCCCUCGAGCUCAGGGGACAUCUCCAAAAACAUUGUGUCCUACCUAGAAAGCCCGAUGUCGAAGAAACGCAAAACUCCCGACGCCGACCACGACGGAGGAGGAGGUGGUGGUGGUGGAGGAGGAGGAGAGCUCGCGAGAGCAGAGGAUUUCCCGCGUUCAAGCUGCGCCGACCAAGGUCUGACGGAUGAGAAAGUGAAGGCGUACCUUUCCCUGCACCCGCAGAUGCUGGAUGAGUUUGUGCUGGAGAGCGUGAGCGCGGAGACGGUGGACAGAUGGCUGAAGCGCAAGAGCAGCAGCCCUCCUACAGAUGAGCCUUCGAUGAAAGAAGUAAGCAGGCAGUACCAGGACACUAAUAUGCAGGGCGUGGUUUAUGAGCUGAACAGCUACAUGGAGCAGCGACUAGACACGGGCGGAGACAAUAAACUCCUGCUGUACGAACUGUGCAACAUUGUCAAAACAGCCACCAAAGCUGAUGGUUUUGCAUUGUACUUCCUUGGAGAAUGCAACAAUACCCUGUGUUUAUUCACGCCAACAGGGGCAAAAGAGGGGCUUCCUGGGCUCAUUCCCUCUGGUCCAAUUGCAUUCGGUACCACCAUUGCUGCUCACGUUGCUAAGACGCGCAAGACACUACUUGUAGAAGACAUCAUGGGGGACGAGCGGUUCCCCCAUGGCACAGGGCAGGACUCAGGGAUCCAUGUUCACUCUGUUCUGUGUCUCCCCAUCCUCACGGCCAUCGGAGACCUGAUCGCUGUACUGGAGCUGCACCGCCACCUGGGCCGAGAACCCUUCAACCUCAGCCACCAGGAGGUUGCCACUGCAAAUUUGGCAUGGGCUUCUGUAGCUAUUCACCAAGUGCAGGUCUGCAGAGGUUUAGCAAAGCAGACGGAGCUCAAUGACUUCCUCCUAGACGUGUCAAAAACGUACUUCGACAACAUUGUGGCAAUAGAUUCUUUACUUGAACAUAUCAUGAUAUAUGCAAAAAACCUGGUGAAUGCCGACAGAUGUGCCCUCUUCCAGGUCGAUCACAAUAACAAAGAGCUGUACUCUGACCUCUUUGAUAUUGGAGAAGAGAACGAAGGGAAGCCGGUAUUUAAGAAAACCAAAGAAAUUAGGUUUUCUAUAGAGAAGGGCAUAGCCGGUCAGGUUGCCCGAACAGGAGAGGUCUUAAAUAUUCCAGAUGCCUAUGCAGACCCACGAUUCAACAGAGAAGUGGAUCUGUAUACUGGCUACACGACGCGCAACAUCCUGUGCAUGCCCAUCGUCAGCCGGGGGACCGUAAUAGGUGUCGUACAGAUGGUCAACAAGCUGAACGGAAGUGCCUUCACUAAAACUGACGAGAACAAUUUUAAGAUGUUCGCUGUCUUUUGUGCCCUGGCCUUACACUGUGCAAAUAUGUAUCACCGGAUCAGACAUUCGGAGUGCAUCUACAGGGUGACGAUGGAGAAACUUUCAUACCACAGCAUCUGCACAUCGGAGGAGUGGAAGACCCUCGCGCAGCUCUCCCUCCCUACGCCCAUAUACAAAGAGAUUGAACUGUUCCAUUUUGACAUUAGCCCUUAUGAGGAACUCUGGCCUGCAGUCUUUGUGUACAUGGUUCAUAGUUCAUGUGGGAAAAACAGUUUUGAGCUGGAGAAGUUGUGCCGCUUCACCAUGUCGGUUCGAAAGAAUUACCGACGGGUUCCAUACCACAACUGGAAGCAUGCGGUUACAGUGGCCCACUGCAUGUACGUCAUUCUCCAAAAAACCUCUGGAAUCUUCACUGAACUGGAGAGGAAAGGUCUGCUUAUAGCCUGCUUGUGUCAUGACUUGGACCAUCGAGGCUACAGCAACAGCUACUUGCAGAAGUUUGACCACCCGUUGGCAGCGCUGUACUCCACGUCCACCAUGGAACAGCACCAUUUCUCCCAGACGGUGUCGAUCCUCCAGCUGGAAGGGCACAAUAUUUUCUCCAACCUGACUUCCAGCGAGUACGAGCAGGUGCUGGAGAUCAUCCGCAAAGCAAUCAUCGCCACAGACCUGGCCCUCUACUUUGGCAACCGUAAGCAGCUUGCUGAUCUGUUAAGCACAGGCGCACUGGACCUCAACAACCAUGCCCACAGGGAUCGUGUAAUCGGCCUGAUGAUGACGGCGUGUGAUCUCUGCUCUGUAACCAAACUGUGGCCCAUCACUCGUCUCACAGCCAACGACAUCUAUGCAGAGUUCUGGGCUGAGGGGGAUGAGAUGAAGAAGAUAGGAAUGCAGCCGAUUCCCAUGAUGGACAGGGACAAGCGGGAUGAGGUUCCGCAAGGACAGGUGGGUUUUUAUAACGCAGUGGCCAUUCCCUGUUAUACCACACUCUCUGAGCUGUUCCCUCCGUCUGCUCCUCUGCUUAGAGCCUGCAGGGAAAACCUGGGCCAGUGGGAACAUAUCGUACGUGGAGAAGAGACGUGUGCGUGGACUCCGUGUGAAGAACCAGCGCAGAGUGGGCUGCUGGAGAGCGGACCGGUCAAAGUGGACAACUGACUCAGCCUGAGACCUUCAGCCUUGAACACGACACCAUCCACACCCUGCCAGAGACACUGCACUUCCCUGAGGACAGUCCCACUUCCGCUGUGGAGCAGAGAGGCAGGAGAGGAGAUAUUCAUCCAGCAACUCGAAGAAGAAUCUGAAAAAGACAAAGCAAAACAAACGUUACCUCAGUGGGUGACAGAGGCUAGAGACUCGAAUCAGAGGGACUCGCCCAGGAUGCAGGAUUCGAUCGCCUCAAAUCUAAACGGACUUGUGCAGCUUCCUCGGAUGGUUGCUUUUGGUUUUUUUAAUUAAAUAUUUAGUUUUGGGGUGAAAAUCUAA